CCCCUUUCUCCCCUCAGCUCCCCUCAGCGCGCGCCCCGGCGGCCGUUAGCGGCUCGCGCGGUGCCCAACGGCCACUCCGCCUCAGCCGCGGCGACCGUUAAACCGCCGCUUCCGGCCACCCUCACCCCUCACUUCACCUCAGGGGCUGAGGCGGCCGCCGGGCGAUGAACUCGCUGCUCUUCGGGGAGAUGGCCCGGGCCUUCUCCCCCGGCGCCGCGGCCGCGUCCUGCCCGCUGGGCCCCGGCGGUGGCGGCGGCCCCGGCAGCCCGGUAGCGGCGGCGGGGGGCCCGCCGGUAACGGCGGCGCUCCGUAACGACCUGGGCUCCAACAUCCACCUGCUGAAGGGGCUGAACGUGCGGUUCCGCUGCUUCCUGGCCAAGGUCCACGAGCUGGAGCGGCGCAACCGGCUGCUGGAGAAGCAGCUGGCGGCCCAGCAGAGCGAACGCGACCGCCGCCUGCGCUACAAGACCUUCUCCCGGGACCAGGCCGUGCAGACGGACGGCGGGAUCCACACCCCGCUGCUGCUGCAGCCGCCGGGCCCCGGCCACGGCUCGGCCGCCGCUCCCCUGGCCUCGCCGCCCCACUACAGCCGCUUACCGGGCACCAUCUGGAGCUACACCCAGGUGCGACGCACCGGAGGCGGCGGCUUGGAGACGGUGCAGGGGCCCGGGGUCUCCUGGAUCCAUCCGGACGGCGUCGGGGUGCAGAUCGACACCAUCACCCCCGAGAUCCGCGCCCUCUACAACGUGUUGGCCAAAGUCAAGCGGGAGCGGGAUGAGUACAAGAGAAAAUGGGAAGAGGAACUGACGAGAAGAAUGAGUCUGGAAUCUAUGGUAGAAACCUUGCGAGAGGAGGCGCAGGAAGCGGAAGCUCUCCAGGAGGAGUUAAAUGAAAAGAUUGAGAGGCUGAAAGCAGAACUUGUGGUCUUUAAGGGUCUGAUGAGUGAUCCCAUGACAGACCUGGACACAAAGAUUCAAGAAAAGGCCAUGAAGGUGGACAUGGACAUCUGUCGGCGAAUCGAUAUCACAGCCAAGCUGUGCGAUGUCGCGCAGCAGCGCAACUCGGAAGACGUUUCCAAGAUAUUCCAGGUGGCUUCCAAGAAGAAAGACCGCAAGCUCACGUCUGACGACGACCUCUCUGAGCAGGAUGGAGACAACGGCAGGUUCUCUGACGAUGAGGUCAGCUGCUCCUUGAACAUCACGGAUGAAAUGAAGCGGAUGUUUAAUCAGCUUCGUGAGACAUUCGAUUUUGAUGAUGACUGCGAUAGUUUAACAUGGGAGGAGAAUGAGGAAACGUUGCUUCUUUGGGAAGACUUCACAAACUGCAAUCCUUCAAUUGACCUCCAAGGAGAGGAAGAAAACCUGGGAAACUUGAUCCAUGAAACAGAGUCUUUCUUUAAAACGAGAGACAAGGAAUACCAAGAAACAAUAGGGCAGAUAGAGCUGGAAUUGGCCACAGCCAAGAGUGACAUGAAUCGCCACCUUCAUGAAUAUAUGGAAAUGUGUAGUAUGAAAAGGGGCCUGGAUGUACAAAUGGAAACCUGUCGUAGGCUUAUCAAAGGCUCGGCUGACAGAAAUUCUCCAUCUCCCAGCUCUGUAGCCAGCAGCGACUCAGGAAACACAGAUGAAAUUCAGGAUGAGUUGGACAGAGAGACGGAUGUGGAGCCCAUGGUCAGCUGAUACGUAGUUGGGCCGUUCCAGUGAAAGGGAAGAUACAAGAAAAGAUUUAAAAAGCUAUACACUGACGUGGGAAUAAAAAAAAGACUUGUAAGCCCUUGCACGGGGUUUCUAAGGACUCAUUCCUACACGCAUCCUCACCCCACCCAAGGAUUGGUGCUGUACAUUUCUAUUGUUAUACAAAUCAUAAAUGCAGAGUCCUGUAAGAAAACAUGGUGUUUUAAUUGUGCCUUUGCCCCAAGCUGAGCCACUUGGAGCUCCAGUGGAAUAUUAAUAGCAGAUGUUUUUAUAAAAAAUCUUAUUUAUAAAAAAAUCUGGUGGCAGCAGAGGAUGAUGCUGCAAAGGCUCUGGGUAUUUCAAUAAGCUUAUGGUUUUAUUGAACUGCUGCACUGAUUGGCAAAAGGAACGCUGGCAAAAUGAGACACGAAGCCAAGACUAUUAUGGUACAAUUACCAAUGUCUGGCAGAACAAAAGAAUGCCUCCAAAUUGAACUGUAAACAUUUAAAAAUAAUAGUGGGUUUAGAAGAGAGCUUUUAGGAUUAAGCAGUUAUACAAUAUUAAAAGGAAUGUCUUCACUCCAGCUUUUGGGGGGAAGGAGUCUUUGGGAUUUGUAGGAGCUCUCUACUAGACUCCAGAAUCUGAAGCAGCGAAUCUCAGCUCGGUGGCAAAGCGGGGGGACAAAGGAGGGUUCUGUGGGGUGGGACUAUCACUGAUAAACUACUAUGCAAAAAAAAACCAACAAAAACUACAAAAAAAGCUCGCCUUAUUUAUAUGGAAUGUUUGGUCCCUGCUGGGCUACAGUUAUCUCUUGGGGAAAGGAAAGCUAAAAACACAUUUGCACAUGUUAUUAUCUGUAGAGCUUCUUUUGAGGAGGAAUGUCAUAUUACAAUGCCUUUGUUCCCGGUGAUUGGAUUACGAGGGGAAUCAGCCCUUCAGUUCCCAUGUUGGUUUGUAUUUUUUUUCAGGAUUUUUUUUCUUUUGAAACCAUAGCGUUUGCAGAUUUACUUUGCUGACAGGGAGAUAACUCCAUUUUAUGCUGCUUUCAUGAUGUUUAGAGUGGGGUAGUUGAAGCAUCGGGAUAAACUGACAUGCGGUGGUUUAGAUGGAGGCUUGAGACGUGACAUUGGGAGGGUUCCCAGACCACUGUUCUUCAGAAAAGCUGAACAUCGGAAAAUACCGUAAUCCCUUUUAGGGCGUAGUAACAUGAAUCCCCAAUUACUGCUGCCCUAGAA